UGUGAGGAUGGUGAGACGCUGGAACAGGUUGCCCAGCAAGACUGUGGAGCCCUCCUCCCUGGAAGCAUUCAAGACCAAGCUGGUAGGGGAUUUGAGCAACCUGGAAUAGAGGAAGAUGUCCCUGCCUGUAGCAAUUGAAACUAGAUGAUCUUAAGGGUCCUUCCAACCUAAACCAUUCUAAGAUUCUAUGAAAUGUAGAUGCAGUAUUCAAAGAAUGUUGUUUUACAAUUUGGUGUGCUCAUUGCUAUAGACCUUGACUUUUUUUUUUUUUUUUUUUUUUUUUUAAAGCAAAACAGAAUAGACAUUUUCUUCAGCAUCCAGCUUGCCCAAUCCUGUGUACUGGUGUGGUCUGCAAUAGCAGAGCAGGCGACAGAGCCCACCCCAGCUAUCCUUUCCUAGACUUGGGCUGUUGCCUUUAGCCACAGAGCUAUGGUAAACUUUGGAAUUAUUUUGCAUUUGUUGGGCUCUUAAAUAAUAUAAGUACUGUGUAAUUGCUCUGUAUGUGUCAUGCCUUUGCGAUUAUUCUUACAUUGUAAAAUUGUCUUCAGCUGUCAAUAUAUACACAGAUUUUUUGCACUUAGUUGUAAACCCAUUUGAAGUCCAGUUCUCAUGAAUUAUGCUUGUUUAGCUUAUUUGAAACUCAUAUAUCACUCAGCUGGGGUGAUAUAUCAUAUAAGGAAUAUGAUUUGUGGAACAACUCCAGUUCAUGUUAAUGUGAAAACUGGAAAAUUACUAACAGUUUUAUCUAGAGAUGAAUAAUAAGUUUAUUUAAAUAAAUGCUUAUGUAAUAAGAUUUGACAGAAUCUUUUAAAAAUACAUAUUUCAGUGGAUGAUGCCAGAAAAAAUACAGCAAUUUCAUGUUGCUUAUAGCUCAUAUUCUUAGCGUUACUAGUGAAGGAGUUUUUGUAGGUAUGGGGCUAGUAAUUUGAGGGAAUAUGAAAGGGGAUAUAAAGGCAGCAUUGACAGUAUGUUGAUUUAUAGUUCAGUGUGAUUGAAUAUAGCCUAUUGCAGUGUGGAAAAUGCACACUGCAUUCAGCUUUUGAAUGUUUGUUAGUACUUCAUGGUAUGACCAAAAUGUUAUUGCUUUGUUUUUCUAGGUAAUCGUUAUUACUGCCAUGCAGCAUUGGGAAAUUGAAAUGCUGCACUAUUUAAGCUGUAUCACUUGGAUCUAGUUUGCUUACUGAAAGAUGUUGCAGUGUGCCAGCACCCUCUUGUGGGCUGUGGAAUAGUGUGGAAUUUCGACUUGCAAUGUGGAAAUAGCAGAAUCUCUUACAGCAGUGGCUGUGUAUUGUCCCCUGCCCUAAAUAACUGCUGGACUGCACACGUGUUUACACAAAACAUUGCCACUUGACUGAAACUCUGUAUUGCUUUGAAAAUGACUGUUGUAGAAGUGUGCAUCUUCACACUGAUAAAUUCACAUGAAUGCUUUUUUUGUACCUAGGAGUUCAUCUGUAAUAGCAAAAUCAUUCUGCUCCUGAUUAAGCAAGAAUGCGAUUUAAAGUGCAUGUGUGUGGAAAUAAAAUAGAUUUUUUGCAUUCUGUUACCCUGUAUGUUUCUUUCCCAAAGUCUGCCUUUUGUUUCCCUUCCCAGUGCUGGUAGCUGAGGGAUUUUCCAGUCUUGCAGGGGCUUCUGGAGAAUGCAAGAUAGUGUCUAUAUUAUCAAGAGACUGAUAUUUUUCAAAAAGGAUGUGUAAUGCGAAAUGUUGUUUAUAUGGGUUAGAAUCAGCCACUGUAAAUAAAAUUUAAUAUUGAAAUUAGAAUAUAAAAUAAAAUCACAGCUUCCUGUACCCCUGGGGUGCUUUCCUUGGCCCAAAUGCUGAGCAACUUGAGUCUUUUUUUUUUUUUUUUUUUCCCCUGACCAGGAAUAUCCAGAAUGGUGUUCCUUCUGCUCUCUUUGCUGGUGUUAUAAGGGGAUUUGCUCUGAGUCUGUUGUACUGCUUGUGCAGUUUGCUUAUGUGCAGAUUUUUACUGUUUAUUCUCACAAAUCAGAAAUUUGUCCCUUUUAAGGUCAGGAGUUGCCAUCUGUGAAAGAUAAAAUUGCUGUAUGUUCUUUUUUUUUGCAGGUUGCAGACUCAGCAUGUGUCCCUAAUAGUUAAAAAGACAGAAGCAGUCUCUGCCAGCCAAAAAAACCAUCAGAAGUAUUUCACGAUGGAUGUAGAUGAUGAAGAAAACAUGAGUUCAAGCAGCACUGAUGUUAAAGAAAACCGCAACAUGGACAACGUUCCCCCCAAGGAUGGCAGUGCACAAGGCACCGGGGAGGGGGCUCAGCUCUCCAAUGGUGGCAGCAGCAGCAGCAGCAGCAGCAGAAAGCGGCCUUUGGAGGAAGGCAACAAUGGCCACUCCAAAUUUCGCCCUAAGAAGAGGAAGAAAACACCAGGUCCCGUUUUGCCAAAGAAUGCCUUGAUGCAACUUAACGAGAUCAAACCUGGUUUACAGUAUAAGCUGCUGUCCCAGACAGGGCCAGUUCAUGCCCCAAUGUUUGUGAUGGCUGUUGAGGUUAACGGACAGGUGUUUGAGGGCUCCGGCCCCACAAAGAAGAAAGCCAAGCUCCACGCUGCUGAGAAGGCUCUGCGGUCAUUUGUCCAGUUCCCAAAUGCAUCAGAAGCACACCUGGCCAUGGGGAGGACUCUCUCUGUCAACACAGACUUCACCUCUGACCAGGCAGACUUUCCUGACACGCUUUUCAAUGGAUUUGAAACACCGGUUCCUUCUGAUGCUUCCUUUUACCUGGGGUCCAAUGGGGAUGGCUCCUUUGGCUCCAGCAGGGAGUAUGGUCUGUCAUCGGCUGCUGUGGCAAGUAGCCUUAAUCAGUUGCCUCUCCCUGCAUCGUUGCCAUACCCGACCGCGAGUGGGAAGAAUCCUGUGAUGAUCUUGAACGAGCUGCGGCCAGGCCUGAAGUAUGAGUUUCUCUCAGAGAGCGGGGAGAGCCAUGCCAAAAAUUUCGUCAUGGCUGUCGCUGUGGAUGGGCAAACAUUUGAAGGAUCGGGAAGGAAUAAAAAGCUUGCGAAAGCUCGGGCUGCUCAGUCAGCCCUAGCAUCCUUGUUUAACAUGCAGCUGGACCAGACUCCAUCUCGACAGCCCAUUCCUAGUGAGGGGCUCCAGUUACAUUUGCCACAGGUUUUAGCUGAUGCUGUUGCACGCUUGGUUGUAGAUAAAUUCAGUGAUUUGACAGAAAAUUUCACAUCUCCACAUGCACGUAGAAAAGUCCUUGCUGGAAUUGUCAUGACAACAGGUGCGGAUGUGAAAGAUGCUCUGGUAAUAAGUGUUUCUACAGGAACAAAAUGCAUUAAUGGUGAAUACAUGAGCGAUCGUGGUCUUGCAUUAAACGAUUGCCAUGCAGAAAUUGUAUCCCGACGGUGCCUGCUUAAAUUUCUGUAUACGCAACUUGAGCUUUAUCUAAGCAAUAAAGAUGAUCAGGAAAAAUCCAUUUUUAUCAAAUCAGAGCGAGGCGGUUUUAAACUGAAGGAGAAUGUGCAGUUCCAUCUUUAUAUCAGCACAUCUCCUUGUGGAGAUGCUAGAAUUUUCUCACCACAUGAAGCAGCACAAGAGGAUCAAGGGGACAGACAUCCAAACCGCAAAGCGAGAGGACAGCUACGAACAAAAAUAGAAUCUGGGGAAGGGACGAUCCCUGUGCGCUCUACUACCACCAUCCAAACAUGGGAUGGAGUAUUGCAAGGAGAAAGGCUACUUACUAUGUCAUGCAGUGACAAGAUAGCAAGGUGGAACGUAUUGGGUAUUCAAGGAGCCUUACUUAGCCUCUUUGUGGAGCCAAUUUACUUCUCUAGCAUCAUCUUGGGGAGUUUAUAUCAUGGGGAUCAUCUAUCCAGAGCCGUAUACCAGAGGAUAGCAGAGAUAGAAGAUCUACCACCUCUUUAUACACUCAACAGACCUUUACUUAGUGGUAUUAGCAAUGCAGAAGCACGCCAACCAGGGAAAGCACCAAACUUCAGUGUAAAUUGGACAGUGGGAGACACUGGUCUUGAAGUUAUUAAUGCUACAACUGGCAAAGAUGAAAUGGGCCGUGCAUCUCGCCUCUGUAAGCAUGCUUUGUACAGCCGCUGGAUGCGUGUUCAUGCAAAGCUUUCGUCCAGCUCGCGCUUGAAGAUCUUCAAGCCUAACCUGUACCAUGAAACCAAGCAAGGAGCCACUGAGUAUCAAACUGCCAAAGAGUGUUUAUUUAAAGCAUUCCUGAAGGCAGGACUUGGAGCAUGGGUGAAGAAACCCAUAGAACAGGAUCAGUUUUCACUCACUGUCUAGUUCACAGUCUGCACGUCAGUUUGGAAAGGGGGUCGCUUUGGAAAUCCUGGUGUCCAGCAUUGCUUUUGGCAUCUCCACGCCACGUUAAAACAUCUUUUUACUAUUUUUUCUUUUUCAAAACUUGGUAGUAACUGUUUUGGUUUUACCUAAGUAUUGAAACUCAAUGAUAAUCUGACACAUAAUGGUAUAUUUUGUUAUGGGAAAGUAAUUUCUGGUGUAUUUCUAGAAAUACUUUUACUGUAGAAAAUCUGCAGUAAGGCUGUCCUUACAGUACACAAUGACUCAUUUUUUCUGGGUUAAAAUAAUUGCUUUUUUACUUCGAUGUCAUCAAGUGCAUGAAGAAAUGAAUUUUUCUUUAGAUUUUACACCACACUUGUAAGAAGUAGCUUAAUUUUUUAGGAGGAAAAAAGGCAACAAAGUUGAUUCUUCUCCUCUUUUAAGUUGUUUUUGAAUUGCAGGUGUUGCUAGCAUAUGGACCACUAAGCCAGAAUGAAGUCUGGACAAGUAGUUUUCCCCACUUCCUUGCUCUUUAAAACCAGCUGCUGAGAAGUUCAUGUCUUUGAUGUAUGUAUUUAUUAGUCUGUGAUCCCAUUUUUAACAUGCAGCUUUCUGUUCUGGUUUUAAAAAUACAUUUGCCUCCCAUUUACACACAUUGUGAAGUCUUUUUUUUUUAAACCAUUGUAAACUGGAAACAACAAAAUGAUUAUUUGUAAGUUAGGAAGUAUAGUCUAUAAUGUGCAGAACUCUGUUUAGAUGUAGGUGAUUUGUAUAUCCUUUGAACUCGUUAGAGUACAAUAAUAAUUACAACAUGACAACUUAGAAAAAUCUGCUCAUUUUGAGGUCACUCAGCUUGAAUGGUCAAAAAAAAAGGGCACUCAGUGAACAUUAAUUGCUCUCUUCUUGAAGAAAUGAAAAGCUCUUGUAUGGACAAAAAAGUUGUUAAAACUUCUUUUCUGCUUUCAUUCAAGUUGCUACGUUCCUUUUAAGAUUUCGUUACCUUUUGGCUUUACACGUGUGAUGGUCUUCAUGAAACUAAUUGGUAAGUUGUUAAAUGUGGUUUAAUUUGCUUUGACAGUUAGUUAGGUCUUUUUCACAAAGGUGUAAACACGUCAGCUUUAUGUAAAAAUGUAAAAUGGAAAGAAAAUAUUUUGAGAUCUGUUUGAUUAGCUGGUGUACUGAAGGCACUAUUAAAAACUCUUUUUAGUAUAUGAUAUUUAGGUGUGGAUUAGAGAAUGUCUGGAACCAGUUAUCCGCUCCCAAAGUCUAUGUCCAAACGCAUCCUGUGGCUCAUACUUUUUCAAGUGUCAUGCUUGCUUUCUGGAAGGCCCCUUGGUGAUCGUCAUUCUUUUGCAAACAGUGAAGUGAUGUUCCUUGACACAGAAGUUUCUGACACAAAACCCAAGCCAAGCAUGUUGAAGCCGACGGGCCCUGUCCCUCAGCUCUACAUCCCCACUUCUUGCCUGCGCUGCCCUGGACAUCAGAUCCGUGGGCUGGUCCAUAUUUUGAAGUCAAGCUAAGGGUUGUUUUUAGACCUGCAGCGGGUCAGAGUUGCAGCUUUGAGUUGUGUCGGCACAUCUGUGGAGGAAGUAAAGUGGAGCAAAGGAAUCCCUUCAGCCAGCUCUGUGGCUAAAGCCUUUGCCUUCUGAAGCUGUCACUGAAGUUACCAUACCUCAGACCAAGCAUCUCUGGCGGAGUUACUGACUACUUGGGCCAUUGGAGACUUUGCAGAAAGCACUUCUGCCCUAUCAUAAAUGUCAGGGAGACAUGCUGCUUUGUUACUGCUCAAGUAGGAACCCGUUUUCAACUUCAAAAAUUGGUCAGGCCUGAUAAGUCACUGGUGUGUUGGUUUCAGCCUCUGGAUUAGUGUCUUGGCAGUGGUGCGCUGAGACGCGGUUGGUGUGCUUUUGGUGGUGGUACGGAUAAUAGCAAGCGCUGCUGCAGGAAGGCAAGCAAAUCCGUGGAUCCCUUCAGAAAAGACUGAUGCUUCCAGAGGCUACCAAGUUUUCCAGGUGCCAGUGGAACAAAUAUGCGCUGUAGUAGACAGGCUGUGUUGAUUCAGCUUUGUUGGCAGCUUAAGCUGUCCUGUCUGUUUCUGCACUGAAACCAGGAGUGCUCUCACGGCCUCUGCCAGCCCCACGAAGCAGGAGGACAACAGUUUCGGAAUGCAGUCUGGGCCUUUGCCAUUGUCAUCUCACUGAGGCUCAGACUGACUUAUUCUAAAGCUAAAAGUCAUCAAAUGGCUUUUGGUCAGAAUUUGCAAGUGCUUGGGCGUUUACUUUUGAGAUCAGUCCCAUCUUGUUAGUGUUGCAGAAAUGCCUUUAUGGCUGCAGAGAAAUCUGUGCAUACGUUUUGCAGGAUUGAGGGAAAGCUGGUUGCUCUGUGUGCAUUUUCUUGGGAUCGUUAGCGUUCCUAAGCGAAAUACACAUUUUUAAGGGACUCAGUCUGUUGAUAAAUGAAGUCUGCUUAUAAUUUCAAACAAAUAACUUUUACUUGUCUUUCUGAAGUACUCAAUGAGACGUUGAUCUCUCUUUGGAUUUUUUUGAACACUAGGAAAGUAUUAGCUCAAACUAUUUUUUUUACAAAGUGACAAAUAUGAGCAAUAUAUUUAAGUAUUAUUAUAGACAUAGUUUUUUAAGCUGUUCAAAUGAAUAAUUUUAAUGAAACUGUAAAGGAAAUCUGUUCCAUGCCACAACCUUUUGAUGAAGGAAUGGUGCCAGGUAUUUAUGAGGAAUGAGUGCUCUCGUUUAUAAUUCCCGGAUUUUAAAAAGAAAUUUUCCAGGGUUGUAUGCAAUCCAUAUCUGUCUUGUGGGAGUCAAUAAAAUACUGCCUGGCUUCCUUCACUUGUUUGCUCCUUUUUGUGCAGUUAACUUGCGGGAAAUGACGAGGGAAGUCCUCAGUCCCCUCAAGGAUGUGACCUGUCACGCUGCCCUAGCCCGUGCUUUGCCCUUGGCUGUUCCACUCAGCGCCUCGGGCCGGGUGUGAUUUACGAUGCUCCUGUGUUCCACGUGAGUCACCCCCACUGGACAUGCGUGAGUAGCGAUGUAUGUCAUUUCAAGCGACUGUGAAAGAUAAGACCUUCCAGCAGCUGCUGAAUUUUGUGGCUGACCUUUCUGUUCAGAGCUGUUGAUUUCUGUGCAUUUUGGAAGGCUGAUCUCUUUGUGAGAAGCCUCACUGCGCUGCAUGGGCCAGGUGCGCGGGAGCUGGCCUGAGCAGCAGUCUGCAGUGCCGCUCUGUGAGCCGCUUUGGUUCUCUGAUUUGUACGUUUUUGCGCCCGUGUUUGCCUCAGGAUUGCAAAGGGUUUACAUAAAGAGGAACAACUUUCAUGCCAGUGAGUACUUGAACGCUAAUUUAGGGUGUUUUUCUUCACGUGACAGCCCAGCUUUGAUACGUAUUUAUUCCACUGUAUCAUUUCAAGAAAUUUGACCAACUCAACUUCCUUUCUGCUCCCUGCUGCUCCGUGCUGGAGAGCCCUCUGGGCAAGACUCAGGGAGCACAGGCCAAACGAAGUAGCUGCUCAGCCGCCGGUGUUUCCCGGCCACCACCUUUCCUGGAGAAGUCCCAGCUCAGCUGGUUCCCAGCAAAUCUGAUGGUUUCAGGAUGCACUGGUUUUGUGGCAGUUCCUUUACAGCAACAAACAGUCCGGAGUAUUUGCAAAUUGACCACCAGGGAAGAAGGUUGCAAGAGUCUCUGGCAGACAGGCUGGGCAUCACCGCUGCACGGUGUGUGGUAUUUUACCAUAGCCAGGUGUUCUGAUCCCCCUGACACGCAACUGGAUAAAAAUAAAGGCCUGAUUUUCCUGGGAAUAUCCAUUAGAUGAAAUGCUUUGAGGCUGUAGAUCGAUCUGUGCAUGCAUUUCUGCAGGAUUGAUGGAAAGCUGGUUGGUUAGAUUUUAAGAAAUGUACGAGCGUUGUACUGUCAACAGGAAAUGAGCCCCUGAAAUCUUGAUAUUUGAAGAUAAUCUGCACCCUGGCCUCAUUGCGUUGCUGCAAUUUGCAUUGCUUUUCUUAUCUCGUUGGGUUUUACGGCUUUUAGUAAACUUAAAAAGAUGGGAGUGUUUGUUCUUGAAAUAGAAAUGUUGUGUUUUCCUGAGCAGAGCGUCUCUGAAGCCCAAGUAUGGCACUUUGGAAAAGGAAAUUCUUCAGAGUGUGAGUCACGUGCAAGCAAAACAGGGCCAUAAGUAGGCUAAUGGAAACACCUAGAAUGGAGCUGGGUCCCAGCGAUCCUUCUUUAUGAGAUAUAUCAAGAGGAUCUGAGCAAAUGUUUAAUGACUGUGAAAUUCCUUCUUGGAAUUUCAUUGAGGAAUUUCUACUGAUAAUCUACUGAUAAUAAAGCAUUUUCUUUUUCUUUCUUUCUUUUUUUUUUCCCCAACUGUAAUGCAAAAGGAAUAAUUCUUAGACUAGAAUUGUGCUGUUCAUGGAGUUGUGAAAUAA